CAAACCAUUUUCAUUAAAAUUUAUAUUGUAUAUAGCUAUGCAAGAAAACAAUGGUGAUGUCCAAAUCCAAUCUGCCAAAACCAAAAAAGGAGGAUGGCAUGCUGCCAUCUUCAUCAUAAUUAUGGAAGCUGCAGAACAAUUUGCAAACAUUGGAUUAGGUUCAAAUUUGAUUUUAUAUCUCACCAAAGCACUUAAUGAGCCAGUAACUGAAGCUGCUAAGAACAGGAACACUUGGGUUGGUGUUUCUUCUAUUUUUCCUUUGCUUGGUGGAUUCAUUGCUGAUUCAUAUCUUGGUAGAUUCAAGACAAUCAUCAUAGCAUCUCUCAUCUAUCUCAUGGGUAUGAUUUUGUUGACACUAUCAGUCUCUGUGUUAAAAAACAAGAAGUUGUUCUUCACAGCCCUUUAUAUAUUAUCUGUUGGUGAUGGAGGGCACAAGCCAUGCGUACAAACAUUUGCUGCUGAUCAAUUUGCAGAAGACACGAUGGAGGAGAGAGAUGCCAAAAGAUCAUUCUUCAACUGGUGGUAUAUGGCCAUUGUAAUUGGUUCGGUUUUUGCCGUGUUCGUGAUAGGGUAUCUAAUGGAUAAUGUAAGUUGGGCUGUUGGACUUUUAGUGUUGGCAUCAAUGUUGGCAAUAGCAUUGGUGGUGUUUUUGCUAGGAAUUGAAAGGUAUAUAAAAGAAAGCCCAAAAGGGAGCCCACUCACUAGCAUUGUUCGAGUUUUUGUUGCUGCGUUUCGUAAGUGGCGCGUCAAAGAUACGCGCGGGCCAGAUAGUUAUUGGUAUGGUUAUGAUCAUGCUAGCUUCAAUCAUUCUCAAUCUCCUCCGAUAAGUCGAACUUUGGAACACACUGAACAAUACAGGUAAUUAUUGUUGUGUGAGUUUCUAU